AUGGUUGCUUUUGUUAGUAAGACACCCAUUGGUAAUAGGGAUCGCAAUAGAGCAGUCAUAGCUACGAUUGGGCACAUUCAGUGGGGCCUAGAAAAAUACAAGAUAUUGUCCGACAAAAGAGUCGCUUUGCUGGAACGAAAAAAUGCAUUAUGUAACAGACGACAAGGUGAUAUUAUUAAGAAACUGUAUGCAGACAAAGUCGCACUUGAAACCGACAAGAUACUGCCUGACGCAACCACCACAACAAAUGAAUAUGACAAGACUCUGUCUGCUUCUGACAGAACAACCACCACGCUCGAGAACGACUAUGCAGCAUCACCCAACCUGAGUGGUAAAGAUGAUGGUUACUCUGCUGCGGUUGAUAUUGCUGUACUUCAAUCGAAACACAAAAGAUUUGUUGCAGAAGGGACUGUAGCAUUCUCUGCAAUGAAAGUAGCUCACCAAGAGCAUGUCGGAGUUAAUCAGAACAUCGUCUUCGAGCAGGUUCUUACAAAUGAAGGAGGUGGGUACCAUCCAAAUCACGGUGUUUUCAUUGCUCCACAAUCCGGCGUUAACGUCUUCUCGUCGGCCAUUUUGUGUUUCCCAAAUGGGGAGGUUCUUGCUGAAAUGGUUCAUAAUGGAAACCCCGUCACGCACAUUUACUGCCAUGGUGACAGUGGGAGACACGAUCAAGGCAGUCAGAUGGUUGUCAUAAAGAUAAAUGCUGGUGAUGAAGUCGCGGUUCGAAAUUAUUACCAUGCAGAUGAUAGUAUCUGGGGUGGUCUGUUUUCGUCAUUCAGUGGCUAUUUAGUAUGUAUGCAAUACAAAAGUAUUAGCGGCCAAAUAAUUUCUACUGUCGACAUAUACGUUUACCCAUGAAAAUAAAACUAGUUAUGCAAAUCGGCUAUGUUGGUUACUUCCUUUAAAAUUAAAUAAUCAUUUACGCUCAUACCCUUUCAAUUUGUUUCAUUGGAUUGGCUAAAUAACUUUGGUCGCUUUUUGUAAGUAUGCCAGUAUAAACAUAAUGUAACUUUAUGUUUUGGUAUAUUUUAUUAUGCUCUUACUUACGCGUAAAAACAUACCAUAAUCUUGAACAAACAAUAUCUGAAACGAUCGGAAGAAUAUUACAUAAUAUUACACAUACAUGAAUUAAUGUGACAACACGUGUUUUUACCUCCAAAAUGCUGAAGAAUUGAUGCAUAAAUUGUUAUUUUUCAACAACCUUGUGUUGUGUUUCACGUUAUUUAAUGAACCUCAGAAUCUUAGAUUCGGUUUUAUACUGGCGAAUAUUUUCGUACACAUGCAAACAGCAGGUGUUGAAACUGGGACAUCGACUGAGGAGAGAUCGCCUUUGUGUGUUUUGAACGUUUUACUUAAGGACGUAUGCUGCAGUUUUAAUGCAAAAUUUGCUCCACCUAGAAUUUGAUAAUUUUUGGUAUUUAGGUAGUACCAUCUGUUGUGGAUAGAACAAUAAAAUAAAAAUCAU